AUGGUACCCGCGUGUUUUUCCACUCCCCUUUGCUAUGGGUUUGCCGAUUCCAAUGCGCCCAUUUAUGGCAUCUCCUUCCCCAGUAUUAUAAAGAAUGGAAACGUGAAAAUGGAAAUCACUGUAGUCCCGCAGAACAUACCCAUUCAUGAGGUCGAGCCGCCUGCUCAGUCAACGUCCGCCAGAGUUGACGAAGAAAAAGAAGACCACGAGUUCGAUGUGGACUUGAGUUUCAGUGAAAUGAUGAAAUAUAUACGGAAAUACUUUAGUUUUGAACAAAUGGCGGUACUAAACACUAUAUGGGGAGAGUUUUUGCUCCUCUUCGACCUGGUGAUGGACAUCACCGUCACUGUGAAAUUCUUUAAACGUGUAGGUGUUUCACCUUCCAUUUUUUUUCAGGAAAAGACCUCUAGGGUACUAGCUACUUCGAAAACUAUUGAGCAUGUUUUCUAG